AUGCAUAGUUCAUCGGAAAUUGAUGAAGACACUAGAAAGUCCCUGGUCAAUUUGGAUUACAAUGCUACAAAGGGAGGUGUCGACACUGUGGAUCAAAUGUGCGCAUCCUACGGCACUUCCAGAAUCACAAGACGAUGGCCUUUGGCUUUAUUCUAUAGACAUUUAGAUAUUACUGAAAUCAAUGCAUUCGUCAUCUUCAAGUUCAAUAAUUUCGAAAAUAAGGAUAGGAGACGUGUUUUUCUAAAAAUACUUUCUAUUUGUCUGAUGGAGGAACUCUUAAAAGAAAGAGCUCUAAUUCAGUCUCUUCCCAAAGCUAUUCAAUGCUUCUUGGCGAAGUAUCGGGACAAUGACGAGCAUCUUACAGAAGAAGCAAAACCUGGUAUAAGUUAUUUAUGUGUGAAGCAUAGAAAUAACAGAACAAAACUCAUUUGCUUGAAAUGUGGUGGAAAUAUGUGUAAAAAACAUGCUAAUAUGACAUGUUUCAUUUGUAAGAACGAUGAGCAAAUGGAGAUUGAUUGA